AUGUCGCUGCACCACUGACAGCUGUCGAUCGAUACAUCGCCACCGCGUUAUACGCGUGAAAAUGAAAACGACGGCCAUCUCUUUGCUCCUCUUUGCGUUGUGUUACUCUCUCGUCGAAAGCGUCUCGAACCGUCGACCACUGCUCGACGAAGCCGAGCCACAACGGAAUCUCGAUCUCGACCGUUUGAUCUCGUUGCGCGAUGAUCGUGGAGAGAGUGAACGACAAAACGCCAACGGCGAGGACGAACCGGAGAGCUGGACAGGCCGAUGGAUGCCCGACAGACCGAACGAUCCUACCCCGCCGCCAAAAGUAUUUCCAAAGACGGAUCAGACGACUGAUUUCGAGUCCUCUGGUUCCUUUCACGGCGGAGUACCGAUGGGGUAUUCGUCGAAAAGCUGCGACGACGCCAAGACCAAUUUGACCGUCGACUGGGAUGGCAAUCCAAUCAGUUACACUUGUUACGACGAAAGAAUCACCCCGAACAGAAGCACGAUAGCGCUGAAAUACUGCGAGCGCAUACCGAGACACUACGUCCACGGAGCGAUCGUCGCGUUGUACCAUCCAUGCGCCAAUCCGAUGGAAGUGAAGCGGUUGAAGAACUUGCUCUCUAGCUGUCUACGACGACACGUGAUCAGCCCUUACAACCUGUUGGACGAACGCCGCCCGUUGGUACUGGUCGCAUGGGGAUGUCGUUUGAGCAUGUCCUACGUGAAUGCCGAGCUGGUGGUUGGAUUCGUACGCGAGCACGCUCUCCGCGGACCGGAAGAAACGCCGAGGGACGGCGACUUCUCCCAAGCUUUGUUACACCCAGCGGAGAUCGUGUCCGAUCUCGACGACACGAUGCUCUGCCCGAGCGCGCGUACAGUCUUGCGCGACUGACGCCGUCCAUCUGUAUCAUACCUACCUGUACAUACCAACGUCUGAUCUUCUUCCCCACUUAUUUAUUAUUAGCUACGUUUCCCUUUGCCUUUCCAGUUGCCCUCUCCUUUCCUCGUUGCUUCGCGUUACAACGACGCAGAAACGUGGGAAUCAAUAAAGACAAAGUCCAAAGGCAACCUCUCGAAUUUUCUUUCUUUCUCGAACAAAUCAACACGCGACGAAGGGCAAAGGGGACGAAUAAAUGAGACGCGCAACGUUCACUCCCCUGAUAUAUAUAUAUAUAUAUA